UGCGGUGGGUGAAAUCACAUCGUAGGGGAAUAAUAAUGUGACACAAACCCAGCAGCUGAGAUAUUCAUUUGAACUGUGCAGCAGGUUUCAACGUGCGCUUUCGUUUCGGACCAACUUUGGACAAGUAGGUGGGAACCUGGUGACCCACGGCAUGCCCCGAGGCGGCGUGACAAGUUGAGAGAGGGGAGGGAUAAAAAAGGGGAAAAAAAAGAAAAGAAAAGAGGACUCUCAUCACUAUUUUUAAAUGGGUACAGUGAGAUUUUUUUGGGGGGGCGUGGACGGUAGAGGAGCAGCAGUGAGCAUGUUGGCUCUUGGCUGCAGUUCAGUGUAGUGAUGUGCCGGCUGGAAGAAGCCGACUACGCAUAGACUGAGCGGUUAGACGCGGUUGCUGUCAAUCCUCGGCGGUGGACUUGGUGUCAUUAUUUUGUUGUUAUUUGAUGUUAUCUGGAUGUUAUCUUCAACGAGCCGCCGUUUGACGAUACAAAGGAGUUUAAGGAAGGAGGACAUCCGUGAAAAAACGUUUUCUUUUCUCCGAGGACGCAGCAGUUGCCGUGCGUAACGGACGAAAUCUGGUCGAGCAGCUAUUUGAAUGACAAUAGUUUGAGGCAACUGCCUUCCUAUUUGUUUUUAAAGAGGCUUAAUUAAAUGGAACUGGGUGCGCAUGGUAAGUGGCCGUGGGCAAAAAUUGAUGUUGGAAUGACAUUUGGGAUUUGAAAGCUGUGUCAAGUGAAACUGAAGUGCUCUUCUUUUGUAAAUAUUGACAGGUGUUACAGCCUCACCGAGUGUGUCAGGCUGAUCCCUUUAAUUCACUCACGGCUCUGUUAUGUCUUAAAACGCCGCGGACUCGGAAGGUUCGGGAUGGUAACCAAACCUUUGGCAUGGAUGAUCCAAAACUAGUUUAAUCCAGUUAUCUUUACUUUCGCAAUACUCUGUGAAAGCACACGUUGAUAUGAACAACCUUUAGAAUGCGUUUCAAACGCCGAAUGGGAAAGUAACCAUCACUUUAGUGUCUUCUUGUAGUUGGAGCCGAUCUGGCAACAGCCAAAAUGACAAGCAACGGACCUGUCAUCGUCUACGAGUGGCUCAAGACCCUCCAGCUCGCCCAGUAUGUCGAGUCCUUUGUGGAUAAUGGAUAUGACGACCUGGAGGUCUGCAAACAAAUAGGAGACCCCGACUUGGAUGCCAUCGGCGUCUAUAUCCCUCACCACAGACAGAGGAUUCACGACGCGGUGAGGAGACUCAAAGAUGAAGCCCAGGAGACGGCCAGUGGACUGUAUUUCACCCUGGAGCCGAUGCCCCCCGUAGCCGAGAUUUAUACCAGUCACAUGGUGGACCAGUAUGAGUCCAAACUGCGGGGAUCCAAGUCCUGGACCGAGCCCAACAGUGACCGGAUUGGGCGCAACGGUGGGUACAUGGGCGCGCAGAGGAACCUGACGCUGGGAAACAGGAGGGAGCUGGUGAUUUACCCCAAACUGAAGCUGAAGAUUAUGAUCAGGGAUAAGCUCAUCAGAGAUGGCAUCAACCUCGCCAGGCCUCCCUAUUCUAAUAAGGAUGGUUCUCUGGGUAACAUAGAUGACCUUGCCCAGGAGUACUCUGAGUACUACAACACCUGCUUCAGUGACGUCAGCGACCGCAUGGAGGAGCUACGCAAAAGACGAGUAUCCCAAGAGCUUGACAUGGAGAAACAGGACUCAAGCAGCACAUCCCUGCAGCUCCGUACUGAGAUCCAGGAAUCAUUAGGCUUCAGCAGUGAGGUGUCCACUCCAGAAACCGACAGAAAAAUGCCCCUGCACAAAUCCAGCUCUGAAGAUGGAUCUGGAGGUAAAUGGGACAAUAAGAAGAAGAAUAAAUCUUUUUGGCAGAACUUCCGCAAGUCUCAGCACAAGCCAGUCGUGCGUCAGACAUCCAAAGGAGAAGACAUAGGCUACGUGGCCAGCGAGAUCACCAUGAGCGAUGAAGAGCGAAUCCAACUAAUGAUGAUGGUGAAAGAGAAGAUGAUCACCGUCGAAGAAGCUCUAGCUCGGUCUCGUGAACAGUCAGACGAUGAGCAAUCAGAGGACUCUGUGAAAUUCAAGCGGCUCCACAAGCUCGUUAACUCGACACGCCGUGUCAGGAAAAAACUCAUCAAGGUGGAGGAGGGCAAGAAACAUGGCUCUGAAGAUUUUCUAAAUCUGGAUCCGCCUCCCACCUGUGAGGACAACACAGCUCUGUAUACAGGGGUCCUAAAGAAGCCCCCUUUGCCCCAGGAGAUCUCCCUGCCCUCUUUAACCCAGGAUCAACUCUCUCUGGAUGGAGACACAGACAGUCUGACCAAUUCCCCUUCCUCCAGCAGCCUGGACACCUGGUCCGGACACAAGCUGGUCAAAACCUUCAGUAAGUCUUCCAGUACCCACGGCCUCAUCCGGCCCCCCAAGAGAACCCCAGUUGGCUCCGGGGGCCUGGGAGGCUCCAUCUCUGGUGUCGGAGGUAGUGGCUCUUCUUUCUCAGAGCUGGAUGGCUGUGGAUUGGACGACGAAGGAAAGCUGUCCCGCUCCACGACCGACAGCGAGAUGCGGAAGGCCCUGAGCUCCAUCUCCCAUGGGAGAACGUGUAGUUUCGGAGGCUUUGACCUAUCCAACCGUUCGCUCCAUGUGGUCAACACCGGCUCAGAGGCCAACAAUAAAGAGCAGGAGGCUAUAUACAGAGAAGUGGUGAAAUCCCCCACUACAUCUCGGAUCUCACUGGGCAAGAAGGUCAAGUCGGUCAAGGAGACGAUGAGGAAACGCAUGUCGAAGAAGUACAGCAGCUCCUUGUCUGAGCAGUCCAGUCCGGAUGGAGUCCCUGGCUCACCUCAGUCCCCUCAGCCCGACACCGACUCUCUGGAGAAGCCAAAGCUUAAGGCCGGAGGCUCUGUGGAAAGUCUGCGCAGUUCACUCAGCGGACAGAGUUCAAUGAGUGGUCAGACAGUGAGCACCACUGACUCAUCAGCCAGUAACAGAGAAAGUGUAAAGUCAGAAGAUGGUGAUGAUGAAGAGCCGCCUUAUAGAGGACCGUUCUGUGGUCGUGCCAGAGUCCAUACAGACUUCACCCCCAGCCCGUAUGACACCGACUCCCUCAAGCUGAAGCGUGGUGAUGUGAUUGACAUCAUCAGUAAGCCACCCAUGGGAACGUGGAUGGGCCUGCUGAACAACAAAGUGGGAACCUUUAAGUUCAUCUAUGUGGAUGUGCUGAGUGAAGAAGAGGAGAAGCCCAAAAGGCCCGUGAGGAGGAGGAGGAAGGGUAGACCACCCAAACCUACAUCGGUGGAGGAGCUGCUGGAGCGCAUCAACCUCAAGGAGCACAUGCCCACUUUCCUGUUCAACGGCUACGAGGACCUGGACACGUUCAAGUUGCUGGAAGAGGAGGACCUGGAUGAGCUGAACAUCAGAGAUCCUCAGCACAGGGCUGUACUGCUCACUGCUGUAGAACUGCUACAGGAGUAUGACAGCAGCAGUGAUCCAGAGCGCAGCGGCCUGUCCGGCUCCCAGGAGAAGCUGCUAUCUGAGGGGCGGGGCUUGGUGGGAGACUCCCCGCGAGACUCUGGGUGCUACGAGAGCAAUGAGAACCUGGAGAAUGGUAAGAGCAGAAAGGCUUCCCGUUCCAGUCGUUCUUCAGCAGGCCUCCAGUCUCCGGACUACCCCACCCUGCCCAUGACUAUUUCAACAGAGGCUCUGCAGCAGAACGGCAAGAACCAGCGCACAAAGUUCCCAAAAAGCUUCUUCAUCAAGCCCUCCCUGAAGGGCUUUAACCUGCUGGGGCUGCGGAAAGCCCAAAGACAGUCCCCCAUCCCGGCCAGCCGCAGCUGUGAGGACCUGGAUGGGCCUCCAGAGCCCACAGGACCCUGGAAACGCUCCCAUUCUCUGGGAGAUCUGCACUGGGAUCAGAACUUUGAGCAGAAGGAUUUGGGUGUGGAGGUUAAAUUCACCAAGGAAAGACCCAAAUCAGACAACAGCAGCCCCACCAAGGUCUGUAGAGAUGAGGGCUCUCCAGCUCAGAAUGGGACUCCAACAGUGAGCCCAAAAGGACGGGCCGACAGACCACCCGUUCCCUCCCAGCUGCCUCUUCGUCACCCUUGUCGCAUCACCCAGUCCCCAAAUCCUCCAGAGCCCCUCUCCAGUCCUACUCCAAGCCCCCCUGAGUCUAAUGCAAGUGGCGAGAGGAUCAUCCGGACUCAUCCCAAAAAGCCUCCAGUCCCUCCUCCCGUUCCUGCUAAGAAGUCUAAAGAAAGGCUAGCCAACGGCUUACGUCACCCACCUCUCUCCCUGCCUUCCUCGCCAUCUCCAACUCCCUCCCCUACCCACUCUCUCCACCGUUCACACCCCAGUAGCCCUAUAAUCCGCAGCAGCAGCAACAGCCCCAGUGCCCCUGCUUUGCCCGCCAAGACACCAAGCACUCCAACCAGCCCCUGUGCCACCUCAUCCACCUCAUCCAUGGGUGAGGAGUCAGGCACUCCACCAGCUAUGCAGCCUCCAUGGCUCUCAGAUCUGGGGGGCAAGGUGGCUGUUUCAAGGAAGGCUUCCCAUAACAAGAUGAGCCCUGACCUGCUCACCCUCUUGGAACAACGGCUGGAAGUUGAGGGCAUUGAUCUUACGGAGGAGCCCUAUUCUGACAAGCAUGGUCGGUGUGGCAUCCCGCAGCCGCUGGUGCAGCGUUACUCUGAGGACUUGGAGCAGCCUGUCAAGGACGUGGCCUCCACCAUGGACCAGCUCCGAGUCAAAGAGCUCCGUAAACAACACCGCAUGGCUAUCCCUUCUGGAGGUUUGACCGAGAUGUGCCGAAAGCCUCUGCCCUCAGGUAACAUCAGCACGGUCUCCGAUUGGCUCACCUCCAUCGGCCUGCCCAUGUACACCGCGUCUCUGGCGGCGGCGGGAAUCGACACGCUUAGUCGCGUGGCCUUGUUGACAGAGAGCAGCGUGUGGGAAGCUGGAGUACGGGAUGAAAGACACGCCCGCCGGCUGGUCAGUGAGGCGCGAUUGGUCAACGCACACAGAGAGGUGCAGUCCUAACCAUGUCGGUGGAGUAAUAUAAAAUAACAGGUAUUAACUCACUGGUCAGUACCAUCUCAUUUAAACAUGGUCAGUAUUGUGGCCAAAGGUUAAUUGGCCACAGGACUCAACUAUCACUCGAGUGACCACAGCACUACAGUACUUCCUGUCUCGUGCGUGUCAAAAAGACUCAAAGUGAGCCACCCUUGCUUUCUGAAUUCCUCUCUUCAUCACUGUCUUCACUCAGAUGUUUACGGCAUUGAAGAGUUUCUCAGAACAGCCAAGACAAGUCAAUUGCCUUUUUAAACUGUAGACUCACUCUGUGGGAUAACUUCAACUCUGAAGACGCCCCCAAAGUCUUAAAAUUAAGACUUGGAUCUGCCUUGAAGGAAGAUUGCACACUCUUUUGUAAGAUGGAUGUUUGGGUUUGUUUUUUUUUUUAAAUACAGAAAAGACGGUUUACUUCAUACAUAUUUCAUAAGUGCUUCAUUUUCAUCUUUUGUGGCAAAGCAACAAUAUCUGAGGGUCUUUAUAAGGAAGUAGCUCGGCCAAAGUGAUUUGCUUCAUUUCCACUAAUGGGUUCAACAACAAUGACAGAAUUCGCUUAAUAUCUGGAGUUUUAAUCAACUAAUUACAUACACCAAACUAUGAAUAACUGGUGGUUUUGAGAUGGCUUAUUUUGUAUCAUGUUUCUGUAUUAUAGUGUAACGCAUAUCUGAAUUUUAAAAAUGAUUUCUAUGUUAAAAAUUUGUGUUUGCCUUUUGAAUGUUGCAGCCUUAUUUCAAGGCCAGCUCUCAGUCAUUGCUAAGCUGAAACAAGCUGACACCACACCUUUUUAUAUUUCCUAUUAUACUGUAUGUCCUACUUCACUGCAUAUCUCGGAUGCACACCCUGCUCCGGUAUGAAUAUGAGUCUUACAGAAAGCUCUGUUUGACUCCAGUAAUCACAAUCAGCUUUCGCAGCAACAAUACAUUCCCUGUGUAUCCAAGCACAUAUUAAGUUGCCUUACCAUAAUGAAUGAAUAGCUUCAUCAAGUGGAUCAUAUGUAUAGUACUGACUAUACCAUGACUGAGGCUGAACUGGGCUAAAGGCGUGAGCCUUUUUUUUUUUUUUUUUUUUGUUCUGAAUGUGUCUGAGAAAUAACUGAGAUUUAAUUAACUCAGUCAGAUUAUUUCAGUGAUGCACACGGACGCUGGCCGUGAGAUCCCUCUGAUACACUGUGGUUUCUAUACUCGCGAAGCCCAGAUGAUGAACCACAAAACCACAGGCACGACACAGGCGUCGUCCCAUGUUUAACAUCCCAACACAUUCACGUGUUCCACGCAGAAGACUGUGGGACGAGAAAGGGGGGAAAAAAUAAAAAAUGUUCCAAAGACACAGCUGACAUCUGGGCUGUCAUAUCUGGAAUUUAUUGGACUACACUUUGGUUACAGUGUUGAGGAAUUGAGGAUUUAUAGCUGGAUAAUAAGCUGUUUGGGUUUUUUUUAAACAUAUUAUACUAGCUAUAAUCAAUGGUCUGAAAUUCAUAAUUGGAUGUUUGCCGAACACACUGAGGAUAGACUGUAAGAACAGUUAGUAUAUCAGGUGAAAAGCUGACCUCCAAGGUCAGGAUACACUAUGAUGUUAAAUAGUCUUGCAAAUAUCAGGGAAACACUGCGUCGGGUCAGCCUGUUACAAAACUUUGGGCCAAAAAAACUGAACUGAAAACAACCACGAACUCAUUUCAUGCACUCUGCAUGAAAUGGAGCUAACAAAAAAAUUCCUUUUUUUUCUUCCCUCUUAUUUAACAGUAAAGUUCUUUCAUACUCAGAACUGAACUGAAGAUUUAUUCCAUUGAUUUCAUAUUUCAAAAUUUGACCAAGUGUUAUUGCUAAAAUUAGAUGAUUUUUGUUUUGUUUUUUGUUUUUUUUUGCAGUGGGCAUUUGAUAGAUGUUUGAUGCCUUUUUUCUCUUCAAUCAAAGUGGUGCUCUGAGAAAGCGAGGAUGGGGGUGGGGUGGGGGGGGGGUCAUUAUUAAAAAAAAAAAAAAAAGGAAAAGACCCAAGGAGUGUUUUGUAAAAGAAUGAAAAUACUGACACUGUAAAUGCACUUUAGAGGGUAAAACUAGCUGUUUUAUAGGCGAUAAAUUGGCUACAUUUUGUUCACGGGUCCAUAAAUGGACUGGUCAGGUAUUGUAAAGGGUUUCAGUGGGUUAUGCUGGUAUUUUAUUUUAGUAUUGAGUUCCCAAUGCCAAGUUUAAUAACCAUUCACGGGUUAACCUCUUUCCAGUUAUUCACUUCCAGUUUGUUUUUGCUGGCUUACAAAAAUAAAUUCUUAAUUACAUAUAUGAAAUGCUUAGCAGAAGUUGCACAUUCUGUAUAUGUAAUUGAUAUUUAAAUAACUUAUUUUUGCUUUUUUUUUCAUAUCAACUGUAAUUAGCUGUACUAUAUGAAUAGCAAUACCUUCCUGCAUAAUGCAUAUUGCUUUAGCCAGUGAGGAACUACAGUAUGUAUUGUAAAAUAUGUGUACAAAUUAUUUUAUUUGGUUUUCAUCUACCUAAUGAUUGUCCAUACAGAUUUGCUUGUGUAUUGAAACAACAAAAGUAAUGUCAAUAGCUAUUUGUCAUUCUGAAAUAUAAUAAAACUUGUUUCUUGCCA